GUCAUUAUCAGGUAAUAGUGGAGAAACAGGAAGUAUAACCUCAUUUGUUGGCGAGAACAAACCGACACAGAGUCUUUAUUCAGCACAAACAUCAACAUGAAGACAGAAGGAAACUACUGCGACCGGCCUGACUGAAGACAUGACACAACCUUUGCUCCAUCUCGGUCUGUCGCUGGCAGUCCUCCUCUCUGCCAAUGUGCUGGCUCAGGACCCGGUCCAGAUCCAGUUCCAGACCGACCCGGUGCUGGUUCAAACUGGUACUGAGAUCGUGUUCACGGUGCUGACGGUGCCCCAGGUUUUUUCCAUGGAAUGGCAAUACCAAGGAGGAGUCACUGUGGGUCAGUGGUCCGGAGGAAGCCCAGCGGUUAACCCGGGGACCCAGUUCGAGGGCAGGGUCACCAUCGCUGCCACCCAGCUCCGGAUCGGGAGCGCCCAGCUCCGAGACGCCGGGAACUUCACGGUGGUGGUGACCCCCGUCGCUACAACAGGCCUGCUCACUAACUCCAGAUCGAUACAGCUGAGGGUGUUUGAUGCUGUGGCGGGGGUGAGUCUGAUUGUUCCCACGGUGGCGGUGGAGGGGAGGAAUGUGUCUCUGAGGUGCACGUGGACCGCUGGGACAGAAAUUACAGUCCAGUGGGGCAAAGGAGGCGUAGCCGUCACCCCCGACGCCAGGAUCACCAUCUCAGGCGGCUCGCUGGACAUCAACCCAGCCAGGCGGGGGGAUGCCGGGGAGUACACGUGUACCGUCAGCAACCCUGUCAGCGCCCAAACGGCCGCCCGGAGCCUCACUGUCUUCUAUGGCCCCGACACCCCGGUGCUGACCAAGGACGCCCCGAAAGAGUGUGUUGGGGAAGGGGACGUGUUGGUGGGACAGACGGUGCGUCUCACCUGCUUGUCCGACUCCCUGCCCCCUGCCCUCUUCUCGUGGCAACGUGACGGACAGCCGGUCGCGUCCGGCCAGCCGGGCAGCGGGGUGCUCAGCGUUCAGACUUUCUCAACGGACGAGAGCGGCCGGUACGUCUGCACGGCCAGAAACGACAUCACCGCAGGCACGUCGAUGCAAGGGACAGACUUGGCAAUCGUAGACACAUGUCUAGAUGUAGGGGAAGUGGUGGGCAUUGUGAUCGGCUGUUUGCUGCUGAUCAUAAUCAUCGUGCUCCUCAUUCUGCUCAUUGUCUUUCUCUGUCGGAGGAGGAGGGCAGAACAGAGACAAAGUGAUGCUGCUGUGCUCGUGCAGAAGACCAACCCAAAUCCCCGGCCUAUACCUCCAGAUCUGCAACCUAAUGGUGCAAGGGAUUUGGGCCAAGGUCCCCACCCCCCCCUCUAUAACACGCGCCACCCCGACCCCUUAUACGCAGACCCGCGCGGAGGCAACCCACAGACACUGCCGCUGAACGGGCUGCAUAACUCCGACACACACCAACACAAUGGUCACACCCACACGAAUGGACUCCUACACAAUGCCUCUCAGAACGGCAAUUCAUACCCACACAAUGGCGUUGACAACCGGGCUUUCACGCACACCGAUGCUCCGAACGCAAACACACUCCCGAACACGCAGCAGCAAAAUCCUAGCAUCGUCAUACAGACUGGCACUGCGCAGGGCGGCGCCCAGCAGCCGGCGGUCCACGUCAACCUCAACACGCUGCCACAAACCGCACAGCAAAACAGCAAUGCACAGAUGCCUGCCAUUCAUGUCAAUCUUAACUCAUAUCCACCCGCUGGCCAACAGGCUCAGCAAGACAGCUCAUUUCCUCUCCCCAAUACAACCAAUAAUAACGCUUCACAAACCCAACAAAAUUUAGCUUACACAUCAAAUCCCAGAAUGCAGAGUGGCCAGUUCUAUCCUAGUGACCCCCGGCUGAAUGGUCACAUAGAAGCCGGUCACGAAGAUCAGCCUGGACUUGUCCCGACUGGAUACACCCACUAUAACAGUAAUACCGCUUCUCAGCGAAACGCCAACACGCAGACGUACCAGCAGGAGCCAGAGCCUCGUCGCAGGUCUGAAAGAAACUCAUGGGAUCUCCUCAGAGGGACGCCAGCUUAUCCCAGCGGCACGUUUCAGAGAGGAGAGACCUCACCUGUGUUCACCUCUGACUCUACAGACUACACUACCCAUCCUCCUAUACGAGAGGCGAGAACGCCAAACAGAUCUCAGCCUCAAACUCCGAGCCAAAUCAUUUCCCGGAUCAGAGCUUCACCCAGAUCAGAUGCCCCGUCGGCGGACAGACGGACACGGAGCCGUUCAGCUGAUCUGCGAGGCCCAAACACUCGCAGCGUAACACAGCUCGAGGCUGCACGCCACACGCAGGGAAGCGGCCACACACAAAGGAGGAGCGCUCCGCGGGACAUCAGAGGUUCGCCUGGUAGCCAGACCGCCCCCAGGCAGGAAGCCACACACAACAAUAACCCCCGGGCACUGCCACUCAUGAGCCAGCAGGCCUCUGUAGGCCGCUCUGCUCUGUCACAAGGACCCACGACACAACAGGGACUGACUGCACCGCGGGGCGCAGAUUCAAGAGCUUUGGCUGAUCCUAAUCACCUGCCACAGGCACACAUGGCCCAGCAACACAGAGCCGUACCGAUCCAAACAGCACCACAAGGCCUGGGCAAACAGACACAGCCUGUCAUAAAUGGUGCCAAUCAACCUCGCCAAGGAGGCACUGCUCCAGUCCCACUCUCUUCUGCCCAGCGUAAUCCCAGUAACCUAACCCAGGCUGCACUUACAGCCCACGCUGAGAGGGCUCAGACAUUUCAGAAUCGGAAACAACAGACCCAGGCCGCCCUGCUCCACCCCGGACCACAGGCUCGUCACGCUGCUGCUGCCGGGGCUCAGCAUGCACCGCCCCUUCCUCCUGUGAUCCCCCUCGCACAGUUCCAGACCCUCCCCAAGAAGCACACCCAGCACAGAUCCCCAGCUAGAGGUCCUCAGCCCCCCAGACCUCCUGUUAACAUACCGGUGGCUCAACGACCCCGACAAGUACAACAGCGGCCCGCCAACCAUCAUCACCAUCCUGGAAACGGCCACUUGAAUGUCAGUGCACACAGGCAUGCCCAUGCCGAUGCCCGUGGCGGUGCCCGUGGCAACGGGCAGCCUUCCCACUUCACCCACCCACAGCAGCAUCAGGCUCACAGAGGGAGACCAAGAUGAUGACAGAUGUCAGCAGACAACCGUCCCGUAUGCAUCCACUGACACAAACAAACAGCUGACAGACGUGAUCCAAUACACCACAAGCAAGACUGACUGCACAAGGUUCUGCUCUCAACAAAAGCUGGUAUCUCAGAAAUACAGUCAGUUAUUUUAAUGGAGGAAUCGAACAUGUCUCCCAUGGGGAGGAUAAAAUGUAACUUUUUGAAAUGGAGUCCUGCUUUCCUAGAAAUAAAUGACAAAAUGAUCUCAAAGGAGGCUUCAUUUACCCUUUACUACUUAUACUAAAUUAAAUAAGCUACAUGAUGCUGAAGGAUUAUUAGAUAAAAUGCUCCCCCAUCAACAACACACACACACACACACACAGUUACACACGUAUUGCACUAUUUUGAAUUCUGAAGCGCUGGUCAUGCAUCAAACUUUGUCAAGAGCCUGCUCAGAGUAGACAAGCUCAGUGAUCCAUAGCCCUUGACCACGCUCACAUCCCCUCAUCCAUUCAUCAUGAAAACUAAACAACACUACCUUGACAAAAUGCACUUGAGGUGCGUGCAUGAAUGUCUGAUCUAAUAGUGACGGACAGUACAUGAGAAGGGACUCGGCCCUCUUGGGAACAGCGAUGAUUAUGGAAGAAGGAAUCAGCCCUGUGGGUGGUCUUAAUGUACGUGGAACUAUUUGUUUUGCGCCUUCUGUUUACAGAUGCCUCUUCUGACACUUCUCAAUUAAGGGGAUUCGCCUCAGUGGUGCUCAGAAGUAACGCUCAGCUAACUAUGAAGGGGAUCCCACAAAUGGAUGGGCGCUUAUUAAUUAAAUGCUUUCAAUGACUUGGGGAAAAUAAUCACGCCCGUGCAUGAAUGAGGUCAGCACAAAAGGGCUCGAGCUGCCACGCUUUCUGCUGAAAAGGCACAAUUUACUGUCUGCGCUGGGUCAUGGACAAACAAUGGGAUGUCAUUAUCACUUUAACAGAUUAUGUAUUUAUUGAUUUAUAAUGUUUGUGCUUCAUUUUAAACUUGUAAAAAAUGUAUUAUUUAGGUUGCACCAAAGCUAUUAUUUAUGAAUAAAUGUUCAAUUCAUAUGGGAUUUCAAGGACAAGGCUGGUGAUAUUCUUUAUGUUUAUUAUUGUCAACAAAUCCUGAAGGAACUGAUCCUACUUAAAAGUGAGGUAUCUCAGUCCUCUGUGCCAUAGAGCUCCAUCGUUGUCUAAUAAAUACAUAAUGAGCCGCACAGUUUACUGGAUGACAUGGUUCCAUCAUUACCAUAAACAUGGGCACUGUGGUUUAUCGCACAUACACUAUCCUACCGCUGUAAAUUCUCACCGGAGCACCACAUGUGUAUUAAUCCCCAGCUGAAAGUAGUCCCCAACAUAUGCACUACUUACUGCUGUGUGAGUAACAUUUACUAAAAGCUACAGUGCCCAGCUGUUGCAGGAAAUUACUAAGCCUUUUUUUGAAAACCAAACUACAUAUUUGCAACCUGUUUUUUUUUUUUUUUUUCAAAGAUUAACAUCUUGAGCAGCAACAAAUGGGCCGAGAAACGUGAGCAGUGAGGGGAAGUCAAACUAAGUUGUUUUUUGUCUUUUCGUGGGAUUUGUUGACGAUAAGAACACCUCAUCUUCAAACAUCAAAAUACAUAAACUCAACAUCCAAAUUUGAAAAAAAACGACAUGAGCAAAUACACAGCACAUCUGGCAGCUCCAACCAAACAUCUGGAGCCUGAGAUUUACUUUACUGCCUUGAAAAUUGGUGCCGUUUUAGGAAAAUUAAUGCUUGUAUAUACAUAUGUUGAAUAUUCAUGCUGCAAUCACAGUAUUUCAGUCUCUUUGCUCCUCAGGAAGGAGUUGUUCAUUGUUUGGGCUUUAAGAUCUUAUUUUCUCAAUAACAAUAAAGAGUUUUUGUUACUAUG